AUGUACUUCCGGGACACGUCAACAUAGAGCGAGCGUAGAGCAGAACUCAGCCACCAACAGCAGCAUAGUGAUUGUUACAACAGUUACUUCACAAAUCAUGGAGACUUUAUUCAGUAUGCCGUUUUCUGUGCUGGAAUGCCCAAAUGUAAAACUGAAGAAACCCUCGUGGCUGCACAUGCCGUCGGCUAUGACUGUGUAUGCGGCUGUUAUCGUGUCCUACUUUCUCAUCACAGGAGGUAUCAUCUACGAUGUUAUUGUGGAGCCACCAAGUGUGGGUUCAAUGACUGAUGAACAUGGACACCAGCGGCCAGUGGCCUUUUUGGCAUACAGAGUGAAUGGGCAGUACAUCAUGGAAGGACUGGCCUCCAGUUUCCUCUUCACGAUGGGAGGCAUGGGAUUUAUAAUACUGGACCGCUCCAACGCACCAAACAUUCCAAAACUCAACCGCUUCCUGUUGCUCUUCAUUGGUUUUGUCAGCGUGCUGCUCAGCUUCUUCAUGGCCAGAGUGUUUAUGCGCAUGAAGCUGCCAGGAUACCUCAUGGGCUAAAGACAAGAAGAGCACACUUGAUUUAGAUGGACGGACGACAUCAAAUGCACGGGGGGGGGGGGCCCAAUUCAAAUUAUGGAUAAAUGCAACCUUUGAUAUAAUCAACAACCAUUAAGGACUGAAAGCACUGACCUUGCUUAAGAAAUUAGACCUGGCUGCACUCAGUCUCAGACUGGCUCUGUCUCAUCAGUGUUCAGAAACUUCCUUUCCUCUUUCUCUCCCAAGUUUCAAACAAACUGAUGCAACAGAAUACAUCACUGUUAGUCACAUCAUGAUGGCUCAUUCUGUCGUGUUUUUAUUAAACUUCUUACUAAAAGAAGCUAGAAGUGCCAUGCAGGAGGGGACAUUUCUGAGCCACUGGAGAAGAAAACGCAAAGGAAACUUCUGAACACUGUCAUGGAGCCACUGGUCGGGAGUCUGAAUAAAGUUUAAGUUGUACGUUUUGUAAAGAAAUCGUUGAAAAGCCUUGAAUUUGUCACAGUUGCAUUUUUGUACAAGGAUGUGAAAUAAACCUUCUUUUCAGAGCCC